UGGAAAAAAGCAAUGGCUUCGAAAAAAAUGCGGACUGAUGGAAGCUUGUUCAAAAAACGCCGUCAGUACAUGGAACAGUUAGAACGUGAAUGGCAAGCGGAGCAGCAAGCCAAUCUUCCGGGGCCAAGCGUUGUAUCCAGUGUACAAAGGCCGGAGCUGGAUGCUAACACUACUGUUGAAACAUUGCACGCUGCAACAGGUCAAAGCGUUUCGGGCAAUCACACCGAGAAGAUCACUAUAAAUUCUUCGGGAGGUGUAGCAGGUGAUGAAAGAGGCGUUCAGUAUAGUUCCGUGGAUCAGGAAGCCGAUAUGGAUUUCGACGUGCACGAGGACAACGAUUGUCAGGACGAUGUAGAAGAUAUAUACAUGGAGAGCGACACCACCUAUAGUUUCUUCGAUAACAUAACGCUGGCAGAAGGGCUUCGUUAUAUUGCCGUCACGAAGAAUUUAUCGCGGUCAACCGUCAACAUGAUACUGGCCCUACUUCGAAGAAAACUAAAUGUGUUGCUGCCAACGGAUUCGCGCACCUUGCUGAAAACGCCUUCCCAAGUCGGUUUGGAAAUUCAACCAAUCUCGGGAGGGCAAUAUUGGUACAGGGGAAUCGAAACAGCGUUAAGAAACUAUUUUCAGGACAAUAUCCCACCUGUUAAUCAAUUAUCCUUUCAGAUUUCCAUCGACGGAUUACCGCUUCAUAAUAGUUCGGCAAGGCAACUAUGGCCAAUUCUUAUGAAGGUUGAGGAACUGCCAGAAGCCCCGGUAAUGUUAGUUGGGGCAUAUUGCGGAUACACCAAGCCGGACAACAUCGAGCAGUAUUUGCGGCCACUCGUGACGGAAAUAAAUGAACUGCAUGAGAGAGGUUUGAUGUUCGGCGAUAAAAUGGUGCAUACUAAACUACGCAUGUUUGUCGCGGAUUCACCUGCUCGCUGUUUUGUCAACGCUACCAUUAGCUUCGUUGGAAAACAUAGCUGCCUGAAAUGUUCCUGCGUUGGAGUGCACGAAGCGAACAAGGUAAUUUUUGUUGAUGUGGAUGCUGAGUUGCGUACAGAUGAAGGGUUCAGGAACAGGGUAGAUAGAGAGCACCAUAAAAGUUGGCGAUCACCGUUAGAAGAUAUUAGCUGUUUUGAUUUGAUCAAAGAUUCAAUUGUAGCAGAACGUUUACAUUUAUUAGAUAUCGGGGUAACAAAAAAGAUAGCAAGAGGUUUAGUAGAGCACAAUUUUUUUGAUUUUGGAAGAUGGACAGCCCAACAACACGAAAACGUGUCUGAUUUUCUAAUUUCAACACAGCUUCCGGUAGAAAUCAAUAGAAGAUUACGGCACGUUAAGUUUAUUAGGUAUUGGAAGGCAACAGAAUUCCGCACGUUUCUCCAUUACGUUAGCAUAAUUGUGUUUAAAGAUUUUAUGUGGGAAGAGGCUUUUAAUCAUUUCCUGCUCUAUUUCUCUGCAAUAACCAUUUUCUCCAGUACAAAACACCAUCAUCUUUGGGCGCUUGCUAAAAAGAUGUUGUAUAAAUUUGUAAAAGAUUUUGCCAAUUUUUAUGGUCGUAGUAACUUAACCAGUAAUGUCCACAACCUUAUACACAUUUAUGAUGACGUUGAUAGGUUUGGUCCCUUAGAUAAAAUUUCAGCUUAUGUUUUUGAAAACCAUUUGCAAUUUAUUAAACGUUGCAUUAGAUCAGGCAAUAGAUGUUUAGAGCAGGUUAUAACGAGAGGUAGAGAGUUUGAAAAUAUUAAGAGGGCUUAUCAUAUAAUAACACCAACCUAUCCUAAGUUGUUGGCUAACGGCUCCGGCUUGCAAGUAAGAGAUGAUUUUUGUCUUACGGCCAAUUUUAAAAACCAAUGGUUCCUUAGUCAUGAAAACUGUAUUGUACAGUUUUUAGAAGCUAAGGAAUCAGCUUCAUCAUCAUCAUCGUCAUCAUCAUCAUCAUCAUCCUUUACAAUAGUUGGUUUGCAAUAUGAAUGCUGCGAAGAAAUGUAUAAAGUUUCGGUAGAGGGGGACACUACCUCUCCUGUCGAAUUAUCGUCCACUGCUUUAUAUAUUUAUAAAGUAAGAAAUAACACUCCUCGCCGCAGAGUGGAGCUGCCCCAUCAAACGAUUAAAUGCAAAUUAGUUGCUAUACGUUUACCAUCCCAAUCGCUUGCCCGCCGCCCUGUUCAACCAACAAUUCCUUCGACUACUACGAGCAAGGAUAUACAAUAUCUUGUGUACCGCAUAGGUGGAACGUGGAUAACAACGUUUAGAAAAAUAGAUUUUAAUGUAUAAUAUAGUUUGCUUGAUUUAAUAACUAACACGUAAAUUAAGUAAGAUUUAAUUUACUAAUCACAUUAACCUCUCUUAGUUAAUUGCAAACUUAAAUCACAUGAUGAUAACAGUGAUUAGCUAAGAAAAAAUAAUAACGAUAAUGCACAGAUUUCAGACAAUAGCAUGUUAAUUGUGGGCUCUUCAUGUUUUUCUAAUCAUUCCCACGUUACUUCAUAGAUUAUGUAUCCGUUCAAUAGUCAAAUCUGUGCAUGGGAAAGAGGUGGGACAUUUUUGUCAUCAUUUGAUUUAUCUUUUAGAAUAUUGAUUUUAGAAAUCUUUAAAACCUUUCACUGUUGUUCGUUUGAAUUCGCAUUACAAUCGUACAUGUAAAAUGGUUAACCUCAUCAUUCAUUUCAAAUUAAAAACAAAAUACAUUCAACAAUACUAAAAACAUAUUACACCCUAAUAUAAGAGCAAUGGUGAAAGAUUUUGGUUGGUAUUAAAUUUUAUUACAAACACAAACAAUAUUUCAUAUCAACUCACGAUUCAGUUUUAAUUUAACUAAAAUUCAUAAAAUUCAAUUAUAAUUCAUUAACAACUUAACAUUAAUUCAUUUUAAAAUUCAUACUAGUACUUUGUAAAUUCAUUGUUGCUAUUGUUACAACUAACAUUAGAUGUUUUCUUACUUAGUAUUUUCUUUGUUGGCUUUUGAACGGUUACGUGCAAUUGAUUGUAUUUUUUGUUUCAUUGCAACGCGGCUUGCCGCAUUUUUUAAUUUCAUUUUUAUGAAAUCAGAAACAAUUUUAGCAUCGAUUACCUUUGGACUCGUAACAGAAGCAACUUCCUGAAACAGCCGUAAAAUGUUGGUCUUAUCAUAAAACGGAAUUUUUGGAUUAGGCCGGCCAUCCCCACUCCAACUGCAUUUUGUCAAAAACAUUUGACAAAACAAUGCGUACAAUAACUCGUGUAACCUCUGCUUGUAGAAGAUCCAGUAUCGAUGUUUGAUGACGACGGCGCCGGUACUACCAAGUUAUCAAUAAGAUGAUCUAGUUGGCAUUUCAUAGUGACCACUGCACUCAUUGUUUUGGAUACGUUUUUCGUAUUUUCAUCCAACUUUAGCUGCAUGUGGUUUAAUGUCAUCAAAAUUCGGUCCAACUUUUCUUCGACAGACGCUGAUCGAUUAGCGGCUGGUUGUUCGCUACCCUGGUUUGCCAUCGCUGCUGAUUGUGCUACGGUUGAAAUACUCGCUAAUUAUCAUUUAUUGUUCACACACGUUCGUUUUUCAUAACUAUUAUACCUUUUCUAAUAAUUUCAGUAAAAAUUUCACUGCUGGUUAAACGCUAUCAAUAUUUUGUUUUGAUCGACCAGCUGCUGUAAACAUACUGAAUAAAACAUUUGAUUGCAUCGCAAAUUGCUCCU